AUGGAACUAUCAGAUAUUUUCCUACCAUAUUCAGUGGUGAAGGGUCGUCGACCGAUUGACAAGUUACAACCAAAUCUAUACGAGGCUAUAAAGAACGAAGAUUUAGAGGAGAUUAGGAGAAUACUCAGCUCCCCAGGAGAAAACAACGACCUUAGCCGGCUGGACAGUUCUGGUAAAACUGUUUUGCAAGUAGCAGCAGAUGUGACAGAUGAGUCCGUCAGAGAUGAGAUUAUCAAGGCAUUACUGGUAAACGGGGCCAGCUUACAGCUUGCUUUGAUUAAUGCAGUACGGAAUGGUGAAAUCAGAAUAGUGAAAGUGCUGCUUCAGUUUUGUAACGGACAACUCCUAACAUCACCAGACAAAAUCCUUUCGGUCACAGGUCAUUGUACUCAUACAACACCACUUACCCUAGCCGCGUGUUUGGAGAACUUUCAAAUUGUCAAACUUCUUCUUGAACAUGGGUUCACCAUCGGUGAUCCCAAAAAUGUCCCAUUGUCGACAGAAUUCAAUGAAGCGCCUUGCCUGAAGCUUGGUCCCGCCGUAUAUCGUUUAAAUAAAUACCGCGCACUGGCCAGCCACGUGUUUAUCGCGGCGUCUUUUCUGCAAGACGUGCAGCGUGGGUUAGAUCCAGUACUUCGAGCUUGUACCCUGAGCAAGGAACUCCGUGACAUGGCCGAACAAGAAUACGAGUUUAAAAGCGAAUAUCUUAAGCUUUCUGAUGGCUGUGAAGAGUUUGCUAUGUCGCUCCUCAACGAAUGCUGCACAAUGCAAGAGAUCAGAUGCAUUUUGGAAACGAAGAGUACAAGCAAAAUGUUCUCUAAAUUGGAGACGGAUUCGCUAAACAUGCUGGAAUUUGCCAUCCAUGCCAAAACGAAAAAGGUACGUUGCUUCUUUCGGCUGAGUUAAUGAACUAAUUUAAAAUGGCCACCAGAAAGAGAUCCAAUACCUGGCUCCCAGGUAGAUGAAGCUCACCCACAUACCCGAGCUACACUGGGCAAGCCAACUUUUCAUACAUUUUGUUACAAAACGGUGGCGAACCGUUUACAAACAAAAAGUUGGCCCGGCUAGAUCCUAGAAGGGUGAUGCCCUAACUGGGUCAGCUUUUCUCCAUAUAAACACUCUGACUCACUCAGCCGGCCAGUCAACUCCGUCAAGGAGAGGCGCUGUUGGCUCAGGCAAAGGUGUUAACGUCUCAGCGCACCAGCGCCUCGUCGAUUUUCUCUGAAGAACUCGAAGAUCUAGCCAAUUGUUCGUAAUGUCUUGCCCAGCUUUUAAGCUGCAGUCCCUUGGCAGUGGCUAAUCUACUUUAUUAACUUGGUUGAUAAAACCAUUUGAUAUGUUUUAGUUUUGCAAAAGGAUAAAUCUCAGCUAUAUUAAUGUGAGUAAUUAGAUACUUGAUGAAAGGAAUAAUUUCCUUUUAAAAAGCUAUACUAACCACAGAGUUUUACCUUCCAGUUCGUCGCCCAUCCUUACAGUCAGCUUGUUUUAAAUUCAGAGGUCUACAAAAACAUGCCUUUCCAGGAGGUGAAAAGUCCUUGGAAACAGUUGGUGUUGGCGUUACUGGCGUCUUUGCUGUACCCGUUGACUACCGUGAUUUGGUGUUUUUCUGAGAGCUUUUUUCCCACACAUAAAGUGACCAGAAUUUUCCAUUCUCCUUUAAUGAAGGUUCUUAUGUACUUUGGAUUCUACCAAACAUUUCUGUUUCUGCUGGCUUUCACAUCAAGUACAAGUAACUUUCUGGGCAGCUACUCAUUCAGUGGUAAGAAACGUGGGAGAGAACAAUAUGAUUUAAUUGCACUGUGAAUGCCGAUUCAUCGCUCGAUGUAAGGGAAUCUAAAACAGCCGUGGAUUCUGGAUUCCAAGCACUAGAUUCCAGUUUUUUUCGGUGAAACUUGGAUUCUGGAGUCCAGUCGUUAGUGGGAGGAUUCCGGAUUCCUUGAGCUGUAUUUCGGAUUUCACAAGCAAAGUUUUCUUCCGAAUUUUUUGGCACAAGCAAACAUUUCCCGGAAUGCGGAAUCGGGAUUCCCUUGCAUUAGGCGGGAUUCAAGACCUCACAUUACCUGUCUCUUCUUUUCACAGAUGUGUAUAUCCUUAUGUUCGUCAUCGGGCAAUUGGUAGACAUCAUCAAGGACAUUCUCCAAAAAGGAAGAGCCCGCUUCUGGUCUUACCAUUGGAACUACUUAAUCGUGGCCACAGUGGUGUUAUUCUGUCUCGGUCACAUCAUUUGGUGGAUUGGCUAUGCAACUCUUCCAGACGCAUACCGGUCAAUGACGCUGGAGGACAAUGCCGUAAAACGCUCGUACACGAUCAUGUUGUCUUCCGAAAGCUUUAUAUCAUUGGGAAUCCUUUUUGCUUUUGUCCAAAAUUUCUCAUUUUUUCAAGUAAACGCCAGUGUUGGUCCUUUGCUCAGUGCAUUUUCACAGAUGCUUAUUGACGUGGGAAAGUUCUUUUUCUAUUUCGCUUUCAUUUUUGUGGCAUUUGCUGCUAGUUUCACAAAACUUUAUAUUCAGUACAACGCGGCCAAAGAAUACUUCGCACUGGGGGCAACGGAGGAAAAUCCUGAAAAGCUGCAACGGUGCGUUUACUGAGCAUAACGACAUACUAAUUUCAAUUAAUCACAAUCCACUCUUGGGUAAUCUUAUGGCAAGGGCUUAUUAUUUUUUCUUGUUACUUCAGGUUGUAUGACAGUGCAAACGUGAUGUUUUGGUCGCUUUUCGGCGAAAUUGACUUUGAGGAUUUUAGGAUUGAAGAAAAUGGCUACGGUGCCAUCUGGAGAACGGGCAUGGCGUUAUUUGCCCUGUUUAACAUUGUAGCGGUUCUUGUGGCUCUGAACAUGCUGAUUGCGAUACUCAAUGAAUCCUACACACGAAUUUCAGUAAGUAAAGACUAGUUCUGCUUUCUUUAAAAUGCAAUCGUUGUGAGUUGCUGCAUUUUUCCUGUCGUGAUCAAUUAUUGAGGUUGAGAUUCGUGAAAUGGUUAUUCCAUUUAACAUGUUCAGUUGAAUUCUCCGGUGUUUAACCCAAUAGUGUGGAUAAGGCUGAGUUUGGUUACCUCGAAUGUACACGUUCUUACUUCUUUCAAAACUUUUAUUAGAAACACUAGGGUUUUGUGAAAUGCUUUCUGCGAGACCUGGUGCACAUUUUGCCUGCCAUAGUGAACUAAGCACUGGGAUCCCGUCCAGAUAAACCGUUUUGGAUUUUCCUACUAUUGUUGGAUUAUGAGCUCUAACGAUGCUGGUCCUAACACUUGCCUAAGUAACACGUAGUAAAAUUUAGUGUGGGUUAUUUCUUUUAUGAUUUAUAGGAAAACUUGGAUACUGAAUGGAAGUUCAAGCGAACAAAAAUGUGGUUAAAUUGGAUUUACAAGAAAAGCGUUAUUCCGCCACCAUUAAGCAUCGUGUAUGUGCUGCUUCCAGGCUUCUGGGUUAUGAAACAUCUGUUCAAAGCUUGUUGUCCCGUAGCCAUCUUGGUAAGUGUUGAAAUAUGUUUAACAGUGUUCGGAUUUUCCACCCGUUCUACAUUUUGGGUUGAGGAGAGAUUGCAAAUAGAAUUAAACAAAUCGAACACCUAUCUCCUUACUUUCUUUAAGUCCUUAUCUACGAAGCCAAUCGGCCUCGUCAACCACCUAUAUAAGCCGCAAGAAGCUGAAAGACCUGAACACACCUCAAUCGCCUUCGCACUGGAUGGGGGAGAUCGCUAUCCUCUCUCAAGAUGAUUGGCGCCAAAUGUCGAUAAAUGCCGGUGUCCCUAUCUGCAUUUGCCCGUGCCCACUCUUCACACCACCCAAUCGGCAGGGUUAUUUUGCAGAAAGCCGAAUGACUCUGAGUUUAGUGAUUAGGUUUAGGAAACCGAGUGAGUCAGGUUCCAUGUAAUGUCAUUAUACUCGGAAAACUGAGCUAAAGACCUGAAACUUGAUUCGUUCAUGAUCAGUUUCCUAAUCCUAAUCACUAAAUUUCAAAGUAGUUUGAGGUUCUGCAUUCUCCGAAAGGCGAAUGCAUAACGCCGAAUGACUCUGAAGUCUAGUGAUUAGGGUUAGGAGACUGAGUGAAUCAGGUUUUAUUUAGGGUCAUUAGACUGGAAACCUGACCUGAAACUUGAUUCACUCCGUUUUCUAACCGUAAUCACUAAACUUUAGAGUCAUACAGCGUUCGGUAUUCUGCGUUCAACGUUCUGCAAAAAUUCCCCUGCCGCCACCCAAUUUUUCAGGCGGCUUAGCUGCUCGUGUAUUCGAAACCACCGAAUGGCUAGAGGAUGCCGACAUCCUAGUCUGAACCUCAGCGUAGCUGAUGGAAGUUAAAUUCAGUAGGGUACCUAAAAUUCGUGAAAUUCUACAGUAGGCUUCGGCUCCAUUAUUUUCUAUGCCUACUGGACAACAUAGUAGUAGGAACCAGUUACAAAGAGAGGACAGUUUCUCACAAGACAUAUCAAUAAGAAAAGUGACGCAGAAAAGUAGUAAUACAUUACAGUACAAAGUAGGUAAGCAACGGCAAGGGAGCUUAACUACAAUCGGUGACAAAAUUGAAGAGACACUACUCAAAUAAGGUACUUUCUGCACCUCUCACCUCUCCCCUUCUUCCAAAGUUAAGAUUUUUUUGACAGGUAGCUCGUACAGCGGCAUAACAUUUUUUGAAGUGGUCAAAACGCCACAAGGGACUUUUAAGGGUAAAGGGCCUUAACUGAUUUUGUCGACUACUUUCUGGCUGAAACUCUUCGACUGAGAUUUUCAGUUGAUUACUAGAAAGUAUAGUGCCACUUUUGUGGAUGCUAAUAGGCAGCUCUAUACAACAGCCAUCCCCACGCAGUGGCUACAAAUUGUGCGGUCCCUCCGGAAUACUUCCUAUAAUCGCCUAUGAAAGGAAGCUUCGCUGCUAAAGGGCACCUUUAAUUAUAUUGAAUUAUAAAAUUUGUCUUAAGAAAUUCAUGAGGGUCAUAAAUUUAAGCACUUCUAACACACGCAUUUUGUGGCUUCGUUAUUUUAAUUUAGCAAACGCUAUAUAUGAUAAAGAAAAGAAGACUGAGAUCUCCAGUUUUUUAAAAAAAAAAAAAAAAAAAAAAAAAACCUUUUUGAGUAGCCCCCAUCCCCGGAGUUUGCCCGGAACACCAGCCCGUACAUUGAAUGCAACACCAUUUCGCUGAGGUCAAUUAACAUAGCAAUGACAAUAGACAAGAGACUAUAAAGGGGACAGAGAGGGCAUCCCCCAUAUACACCCUAUUCCAUAGGUAAUUCGUCUCGAGUUAUUUUUAGAAUCGGGAUAAAGUUACCUCGCGCGAGGUGUGGAUGUUUCGUGGAGGUUUCGCAUGACCAAACGCCGUGCAAAACAUGUCGGGCGAGAGCAUUCCUGAAUAUUGAAGCGAAAUGAGUCGGCGCUCACCUGGGAAAAAGGAAUCGCUGGACUCUUUGACAACCCGUGAAAUCAGUUUAACUCGAAGUUUUCGUAACCUCAGUGCUUUAAUAAAAUGAGAAAUUUCGCCGGUCUAUUGAAACCGGUCGUUUGUACAAUUUAGGGAGUUUAAGAUCCAACGACGCGGACGAAAACUAGAACGUCAAAGAAACAAUAGGUUUAAUUAGCAAAACAACAACUUCGCACGUGCAACACACUUUUUUGUUCAUUUCUUUCCCGUUUUUGCACGACUACGACGUGAAAAUGCCUAAUUUCGCGUUUUAUGGAGGACGUAAAUAAGCAACGACGAAAUUUUAUUUCUCUUUCUGAGCUUGAAUAUGGUCCCUUGAAAUUCAGCUUUAGGAGGGUUCGCCUACAAAUUGACAAAGUAAGUGGGUAGGAAUAAUCGCUAUAAAGACUGAAAAAAAUAAACAUCAAACCAGAAAUUGCUCUCUUCAAACUGUAAAUUAUAAAUGAUCCUGAGAGAAUAUUCAGUGUGUUAAGGAUUUCCCUGCUCUACUGCUCUAGGGCGAUUCUUUUUUAAUUUCGGUUUCGCUGACACAGCUUUCGCAGAAAUCUCGCUGUAGUCGUUUUCGUCGACAAAAGGAAUAGCAAAAUCGCUCUCCGCGUCUUCCCCCAUUUUGUUCUGCGUCAUUUCGUGAAGGACGCGUGGCUCUCAGCGUGGGUCAUCCACGCGAAACACAUUCGCGCUAUGUGUUGUCUAAUCCCCCUUGAGAUCUGUGGUGUUAAAAAUAACUCGAGACGAAUUACCUAUGGAAUAGGGUGUAUAUGGGGGAUGCCCUCUCUGUCCCCUUUAUAGUCUCUUGCAAUAGAUAGAGAACUCUAGAAAUUCCUGAACGUAACCUACAAACAGAAAUUAGUAGUGAAUUUGCUAGGAAGAGCAUUAUACUCAGAUUCACGAAGAAGAUAUUGAAGAUUUCUACAUCCUUGAAUGAGUUUAUUGGAGAUCUUGAGACUCACCUCCAAAACUGAAAUGCAUGGCCGCCCAAAAUAUCGGUAGCGGUCGUCCAUAUAGAUAAGGUAUUUAACAAUUAUUCAUCGAGCCCGAAUGGGCUCUUGAGUCAAUAGCCCGUGAGGCCGAAGGCCGAAUGGGCUAUGGACUAAGAGGCCAUGAGCGCGAGAGGAAUAAUUGUUUUUAAUAGCAAAAUCCAAUUACUGGUCAAAAAUAUCGAGACCGCAAAAAAACUUUAGCUGGUUAAAGCUAGACUUUAAUCCUUUUUUUGCCGCCAAAAAGCCGGCGCUUUUGCUACUAUAGCCUAGUAGUAGCUCAACCAAUCAGAACGCAGCAUUGAUAAUAGACCACUAGUUGGAUUUUACUAAUUAUAGCUAUUUUAACAGAGGGAACUGUUUUAUUUUUUUCUUUAACUACAGGUGUUUUUGGAAAAGUUGUUUAAGAGAAAGCCUGUCAAUAGGACUGUUUCAAAAGUGAAAAGGAUUUGCGAGCACAAGGUAAAGAAAGCUUAGAUUUUCGCCCGUCCACACGAAAACGCCAAAACGGUGGAAAUACGAUAGUAUUCCUUCCAGGUCAUGCUCUGUAAUAUAUAGUUUUAGCCAGGGCUAAAAGCGAAGCUCUCGAUACUAUUUAUAGUUUGUUCAAACAAAAUAUAAAAUCGUGUAAUGCUAAGCGGCGAAGGCAACGCAAGAGAACGGUGAAAAACAACAAUAGGUCUAAUUAGCAAAAAAGCAACUAUGCACGUGUAGCACACUUUUUUUGUACAUUUCUUUGCCGUUGUUUUGCACGACUACAACGUGAAACUUCUAGAAGCUUGUUUGUUACACGUUUUAUGGAGGAAAUGUCCUUCCAUUUUCUCAUUCAAUUUUUUUCACUGCCGCUCAUUUUCACCUUGCAUUGGUGGCCGCUAGCAUUUCUCAUUUUGUCACCGCCGUUAUAAAAUUUUCGUGUUGUUCUUCCAACAAAAAACGUCUCCUUUGGUUUUUGUCUCUCGCUCUAGAUCUCUGUCGCCCUUUUUCUCGUUGAGCUUUCCUUGCCUGCCGCCUACUUUCUCUUUUUAGUUGUCUCUGCCUUACAAGAGGCGGGUGGCUAUUGGAUUUCCCGCCAAAAUAACCUCGAGUUGCAUUUGGGUUGCCAUACCUGUUGAUUGAGCUAUUUUACAGACGGUCGGUGUACGGUCACGUGAUUACCAAAUUUUCUCGGAUGGGUAGUUUACCACAUUUUAUUACCCAUGGUGCUCCGCUGCGCGCUUCGCGCGCGAGAGCUCCGCAAUGAUGUAUAACAUCAUCGCAUUCCAAAACCUCACUCUCACUUUUUGUCCGUCCACAUAACAUAAAAAUCGACAAGCAGGCGUUUUUAUACACACCCCACUCUAUUUCGAAAACGUAAGUUUUUGGUGCUCAAAAACGUCGUUUAGUGUGGACGGGAGACUGAAACUAAGAGAAAAAUAUCCAUUUUCAAAAAUAUCUGGAUACAUGUGGACAGGGUCUUGGGAUGGAUUUCUAAUUUCUUUACGCGCGUACAAUGUAUGAAAGGCCGCGCGAGUUGAGCGAGGUUACACUUCAUUAAAUAUUGGCUCGAUUUUUUUACGCGCAUAAAGUUUACGUGCCUACACACGUGGAAUCCACCUUAAAAUUUACGCGCGUAAAUAAAAUAGAGGCAAGUUAUGUAAGGUCGCAAAUGUUAUUUUCAUCUGAAAGUCAUACACAUUAAAAGUCUGAAAUCAAUGCUGACUGAGUGCGAGUUUAAUUUGGCAAUCAUCACCAUAGCCGCAUACUGUUUUCAUUGUUUUGUUUUCUCAGAGACGAAAGGUGAUUCGCCAUCUUGUCUUGAGGUAUCUGGCUAAGAGAUCGUGUUAUUCCGCGGUCAGCAGUUCAGAGGAGGAGUCGAACAACGAGGCAAUGGUGGACACUGAAGAACCAAUUCUGGAGACUUGCCAAUCAAACGACACAGGAGACCGGUGUUGUUUUUGCUUGAUCAGACCGUAAUUUGUACCGGAGACUAGUUUUUAAAGACGGCUAGCAAACGUCAUAGAUUGUUCACAGUCCACUGUUUUUUCGUGAGACCGUCAGGAUCGAGCGGUUACCGGUUCGGGCGGCCAUCUUUUUUCAUAUGUGUUGAAGUAGUCGGGGUU